AAGAAGCAGCAAUUUUCUAUCCACAGUGAAAAAGGAAACCACCAGCAGCCAUCAUGUCAUCUGAUGCCAGUCACAUGCUUGAGGCGGCCUUAGAGCAAAUGGAUGACAUCAUAGCAGGGACCAAGGCUGUCACUGAAUUUGCCAAUGGAGUCUUUGAAGGGGGAUCACCAAUGUCUCUGGAAUAUUUUGGAACUAUAACAAUCUUGCAUCUAGUAGAGGAGUUAAAAAUAUCCCUUGAAAUGGUAGAAAGUCUGCAGGAACGGGAAGCUCUGAGAAACCAAAUACCCAACUCAACAGCAUGUUACGUCAUGGAGUGGCUGGAGAGUACACUGGUUAACCAUACAGUUGUGAAUAAUGAGACCUACCAAGAACGACUGACGCGUCUGGAAGGCGAUAAGGAAUCUCUAGUAUUACAGGUGAGCGUCCUCACUGAUCAGGUGGAGGCCCAAGGAGACAAGAUCCGGGACUUGGAAUCCUGCGUUGAGGAACACCAGGUGAAGCUUAAUGCUACCGAGGAAAUGCUCCAGCAGGAGCUUUUGAGCCGGACGUCCCUUGAAACCCAAAAGCUGGACCUGAUGGCAGAUGUCUCAGACCUAAAGAUAAAGCUGGUUGGUUUGGAAAAAGAGAAGACUGACUGUGAAGACUCUCAUAACAAGGCAGAGUCUGUAGUCAAUAUGAUAAAUGAGCUCCAGGAACAAAUGUGCAAACUACAGCAGGAGAUCAAUAAUAAAAUCCAAGAGAGGGAGGAGACCCAGGCUAGCCUGCCUAACUUGACUGAGCCUCUCCAAGUCAACGUGAUUGAACUGAUUGAACCUCCACAGCCCAUGAAGUGCCCGGGUUGUGAGGGAAAGGAUAUGCUGCUACAAGAACUGAAAUGCCUCAAAAUAAAAGUGGACGAACUGGAAAAUGAGAGGGUACAAUAUGAAUGGAAACUUAAAGCAACAAUGGCUGAAAUUGCACAACUACAGGAACAACUUGCAUUAAAAGAUGCUGAAAUAGAACGUCUGCAGAGUCAGAUAACUUCAAGAACCGUUGCACAAAAUGAAUCCUCAGAAAGAGAAGAAGUAUUUAGGAGGAGGAUUAAAGAGAAACACCAAGAGAUCCACCGGUUAAAGUUGGGAAUGGAGACCCUGCUAGCAGCAAAUGAAGAAAAGGACCACCGAAUAGAAGAGCUUACCCUGCUUCUCAACCAGUACAGACGGGUAAAGAACUUUGUGAUGGCGACACAUGGCUCUUCAGAGAGAAUUCUUUCUGCCAGCAGCGAGGAUGAGGUUGAAUCGACAAUAAAGAAAUUGAUGCCAAAGAACAAUCAGACGACAGAGCUCCUGCAAUCAGAGGGAUCUUCCACUCUGUCCUCGCCAACCACCCCGUCAUCCCCUCCACAGAACUUCCUGGAAAAUGGUAUAAGUACACCGGGCCCUCCAGAGAAUCAUAGUUCACCACAAGAAGAUCAUUCAGAACACAGAACGAGAAGCCAUCCAAGGAAACUUUCCACUAGUUUGGAAGAUUUACAGAGUGGAACGGUGGAAAAGCAUGAUGAUGGGGAAACCCCAGAGCCUGUUGUAACACCUGUUGUAACAACGGAGAAUAAAGCCGACCCCAGGUACCAGACCCUCCCCGGAAAACUCUCUCACGCCACUCCAAACGGGUCACAUGACAGCUACAGGAAACCUGCAUCCCAGAAUGCUUUGCACAUCAACAGUGAAACAAACGGAAUACAGAGUUUAUGUGAUACUGAGAACAAUCUGGACAUCACAUUUAAUGACCUCUCUGGCACGGACUCAGGCCCGCACUCCCCACUCUCUCCUGAUGGCAAGAAAAGCCCAAAAGGCAUUAAAAAGUUUUUGGGAAAAUUAAGGAGAACCCCAUCAGGACACUUUAAUGCAGAUGAUGUUGGGCUUUCUGAAUUUAAAAGAGGAGGAAUGCGUGCAACUGCGGGACCAAGGCUUGCUAGAUCCAAGGAUCCUCGCACCAAAAAUAGUGACUACAACGCUCCUUUUGCUCAGUGGAGUAAUGAGCAGGUCUGCAACUGGUUGGAAGACUUUGGUCUGGCACAGUACGUCAUGUUUGCCAGGCAAUGGGUGAACUCGGGUCAUACCUUACUGACGGCCACACCUCAGAGCCUAGAAAAGGAACUUGGCAUCAAGCAUCCCUUGCACAGAAAGAAGCUUCAGCUAGCUAUUAAUUCCAUCAACAUGAAGAAGGAGGACAAAUCGGGGCAAUUAGACCACAUAUGGGUGACACGGUGGCUCGAUGAUAUUGGCCUGCCACAGUACAAGGAUCAGUUCCAUGACGCUCGUGUGGAUGGAAGAAUGCUACAGUACUUAACUGUGAAUGACCUUCUCUUCCUAAAAGUGACCAGCCAGCUGCACCAUCUCAGCAUUAAAUGUGCCAUUCAUGUUUUACAUGCAAAUAAGUUCAACCCAAACUGCCUGCGCCGGAGGCCAGCUGACGAGAAUAAUAUCUCACCAUCAGACGUGGUCCAGUGGUCAAACCACAGAGUCAUGGAGUGGCUGCGAUCUGUAGAUCUGGCUGAAUAUGCACCAAAUCUUCGGGGCAGCGGCGUUCACGGAGGCCUGAUUAUACUAGAACCUCGGUUUAAUUCAGACACCCUCGCCAUGCUGUUGAACAUUCCGUCGCAGAAGACACUACUCAGGAGACAUCUAGCCACCAACUUCAGCUUGUUAGUUGGUCCUGAAGCUCAGCAGGAAAAGAGAGAGAUUAUGGAUUCCACAACCUACUCACCUCUGUCCACCUCUGCCAAAGUCCGGCCAAAGAAGCUUGGACUGUCCAAUUUUGGCCACCUCCGCAAGAAGAAAUUUGAUGACUGCACGGACUAUGUGUGCCCAGUGGAUGCCAGCUCGAAAAGUGAAGUCAAGGCUCCCAACAACAGUCCAGUAAAAGAGGCUGACAAACUGGAGCAGAUGGAACAUUCAGAGGGGAUGGUAAAGCAAAUAGGGGCUUUUUCUGACGAAAUUAAUAACCUCACCAACAUGCUGAGCACGGAUGAACUCCUUAACAACUACAGAUUUCUAACAAACUACGAUGCUUGGAGAUAG